AUGUGCCUCGACAUCUACAUCCGGUACACUUGCGGGCACCAGACCUACAAGCACGGCGGCUGCCCAUUCAGCUCGGUGGACCGCUUCAUCGAGUGGCCUCGUGUGCCCCUGAGCGGCGAGGGCGACGGGUACCCGUUCGAACCGGCUGACGGGUGCCACUGGAGGGACGCCUCGUCGUACUCAGUGGAAGAAUUGAGAUGCCAUGAUUGCAUCUCGGCUGACUUGUCCAUAGGCGAUGGCAAGUUAUGCUUUUGGGAGUUACCGCAAGGCCUCCAGGAGCGGUUACUGAAAGAGAUGCCCAGCAGUGAUCGUAUCCUGGUUGCGACCAGGACAGAUAGUUUUGCGCGGUUCAGCGAGAUACAUGGUACCAAGUCCAUGGCGCGGGACUUCUGGCGCCAUCUCGAAGGAUACCGUCUGCCUAGGCGCUCCAGCGGCGAGGAAGAGGACAAGAGUCCGCAGAUUCAGGACUGGGGGUUGGAGGAGUACAUUGAGGGGAGGGACAUUGGUGCGGCGGCGGGGCGUGGAGACGCAGAGGGACUUGUGACGCUCGGGGAUGCGGGGGAGGAAUAUUCGGUGGAGGAGGAGGGGGAGUGGGGGCGAGCGGAGGACCUUACAGGGCAAGUGUUGGCACUUUAUAUUGCCUUGGGGUGA